GUCAAGAGUUGUGAGGUCACGAGUAAAUGCUGUACUCUAACUCAACACUCCAUUUAGCGGUGCUACUUGUCACCCCACUCGAGACUCGUUACCACAUCUUGCUUGGCUUUGUGAUUGCAAUUCGUGAUUCCUCACCUCCCCAUACCUACACGCACCCAUCGGCGGCCUCUUCUCGGUGUUCGCCCUCACGAUUGCCGAGCAGAUCAGAUCAGGAGAUACCUCGAUAUUUACGAACGGAAGACUGGGCGCUACGUGUGACACGCCUCUUUCCCCUGCUGCCGCCCCACAAUCCUACUCGAAAGCGGCAUAUCCAAGAUGGAGGCAAUUAAGCUGCAGCGCAAGUAUCCCCAAUUCUCCCAGGAGGAGAUGAUGGGUCUCAUCUCUCGUUUCAGGGCUAUCGACGUCGAGGAGAAGGGUAGCGUUCCGAAGCAGGACGUGAUGAAAGCCAUCGCAGAUGCUGGAGAGGCGAGCUAUGAUCAAGCGAGAGAAACUCUGAAAGAGGUGGACGUCGAUUCGAGCGGUAGGGUCGAGCUGGACGACUACGUCGAUCUACUUGCCAAGCUGCGUGCUGGAAGGAAUGCGGGUGCGGGCGCAGUCACUAAGGGCAAGGUGUUUGUCAAGGGAUCCAAUGCGAGCGUCCAGCACACCAUCAACGAAGAUGAGCGAACGGAAUUCACGCGGCACAUCAAUUCGUCACUCGCCGGAGAUGCUGUUGUCGGAAACCGUCUUCCCAUCCCCACCGGCACAUUUCAACUCUUCGAUGAUGCCAAAGAUGGUCUGAUACUGUGCAAGCUCAUCAAUGAUGCCGUGCCCGAGACGAUCGAUGAGCGUGUUUUGAACACUGGCAAGGCUGGCAAGGGACCCAACGCUUUCCAAAUGACCGAGAACAACAAUAUAGUCAUCACUUCCGCCAAAGCUAUUGGCUGCAGCGUGGUAAAUGUUGGGGCUCAAGACAUCAUUGACGGGAGAGAGCAUCUGAUCAUGGGCCUGAUCUGGCAAAUCAUCCGUAGAGGUCUACUGAGUAAGAUCGACUUGAAGAAUCACCCGGAAUUGUACCGUUUGCUUGAUGACGGCGAGAGUCUGGAGGACUUCCUUCGGUUGCCGCCAGAUCAAAUUCUGCUGCGCUGGUUCAACUACCACCUCAAAGCAGCGAAUUGGCACAGAAGAGUCGGCAAUUUUAGCAAGGACGUCAGCGAUGGAGAGAAUUACACUGUCCUGUUGUCUCAACUCAAGCCGGAUGUCUGUGAUCGCGCCCCAUUGCAGCAGAAGGACCUAUUGCAAAGGGCUGAGCUUGUACUGCAACGCGCCGACGCUAUUGGCUGCCGGAAGUAUCUGACCCCGGGCUCCAUGGUAGCGGGCAAUCCAAAGCUCAAUCUAGCGUUCGUGGCGGUGCUCUUCAACACUUGGCCAUGCUUGGAAGCUUUGGAGACCCCUCCGCCUAUCGAAAUUGAAGACUUUGACGCCGAAGGCGAACGCGAAGCUCGUGUCUUCACCUUGUGGCUCAACAGUCUGGACGUUGACCCGGGCGUCUACAAUCUGUUUGAGGAUUUGCGCGAUGGCAGCGUCAUUCUGCAAGCGUUCGAUAAAGUGUUGCCCGGGAGCGUGCAGUGGAGGCGCGUAUCGAAGCCCAAGGAGGGCCAGGAGCUUAGUCGCUUCAAAGCUGUCGAGAACACAAAUUACGCGGUCGACCUCGCCAAAGCAAGCAACAUGCACAUCGUCGGCAUCCAGGGAGCUGACAUUGUCGAUGGAACGAAGACGUUGACAUUGGGACUCGUCUGGCAGCUUAUGCGCCUCAACAUCACCAAGACGCUCUCGAGCUUGGGCAAGGGAGGACGAGGGGUCAGCGACUCUGACAUGGUUGCCUGGGCAAACAACGUCGUCAAGUCCUCUGGCAAGUCGAGCACCAUUAGGAGCUUCAAAGACCCCAGUCUCAGGUCGGCACACUUCCUUCUCGACCUGCUCGACGGCUUAAGGAAAGGCAUCGUCGAUUCGUCUCUCGUGACACCUGGUAGGACGGAAGAAGAGCAGAGGCUCAACGCCAAGCUGGCCAUCUCGAUUGCACGCAAGCUAGGUGCGCUCAUCUUCCUCGUUCCAGAAGAUAUUGUGGAGCUUCGUCAGCGCCUGAUUCUCACGUUUGUCGGCAGCCUGAUGGCCAUCCAGGCUUGAGCCUUGCUGGAUGCGGCCGAUCUGCAGGGUAGGGUGAAGGAUCGCGAAAAGGACAGUCUGGGCUCAGCAGACUGUCUUGUGUUUCAUCAGCUUGCGCAAUCGCUGGCGGCGGUGCCAGUCAUGUAGCAUGUAAGCUUCUUCGGGCCGCUCCGGAAUCCCUCGGCACGAGUCGAUGAGUCAAUAUAUGAACUUCAUCGAUCGGCUCAUCUCGGAUGCUUGGCUUUGCGCUUCGUGAGCGCAACGCAGCUCUAGAGGACUCGUUGGUGCGUAUGUGACCAUGUGGUGGAAGAAUUUGCUGCUGGCUA